AUGGUGUAUCCGACCCUCCUCCUGGUGCUGGUGGUCUGCUUCGUCUAUGCUGUGAUCAGCCCCUUCAUCAUGCCCGCGGGCGCUCUUUUCUUCGCCUUGGCUUACCUUGUCUACAAGUACCAGGCCCUUUACGUGUACGUCCCCAAGUACGAGAGCGGCGGAGUCUUCUGGUUCAGCGUUUACCCGCGAGUGCUCAUUGGACUGGCACUUGCUCAGCUUACGCUAGCGGGGUACGUCUACGUCCGAGCGGGGUUCACUCAAGCCUCGCUGAUCUUACCGCUGCCAGUGUUCAUUUACUGGUACGGCUACAGGAGCUUCAAAAGGUAUCUCGGCCCCGCUGAGAGCAUCUCUAUGGAGACCGCUGCGAGGAUCGACAGGCGAGGAGCGUCGGCCAUGGCCGCGGCGGUCAAGGCGGCCGCCGAGGGCCGUAGGAAGAAGCACUGGCAGGACAGCGGCAGACAGGAUAGAGCUGGCGACGAUGAGAAGGACGACGAGGAAGACGGGGUUAACCCUGACGAGUUCGAGCCUCUGCUGUACGCGCAGCUGGCGCUCACGUCUCCUUCGGUAGAACCCAGCGAUUGCAGUCCGCGCGAAAGUGCGGUAGAGGCGUCGCGGCGGCGCAAGCGUGGAACGACCCGGGAAGGAGCCGCUGACUCCGUCGGUCGCUCCGUGUCUCGAGGCGUUAUUGUGGUCAAAGGAGGAGGGGACGCGACCGUAACGCCUUUCCCGGAAGCACGACACAAGUCCGGCGCCGCCGCCGUCGGAGGUGGAGGCUUCGUGGUCAGAGACAACGAUAGCAGCCUUGGGGAGCAGAGGAUGCCUUCGCCCUUGCCGGCAGCGGGGGUGGCGGAGGACGGGUCGGCGGGAAAGACGGCGGCCGAGGCUAGGAAAGAGGCCGAGUACUCCGAGAGGGUGUUGAACGACGAGGAGCACACGCUCGGACUGGAAGACGGCGCGGCGGCGGAGGGGUCGGUGAUAGUGUCUGCCAACGCCGCGGCUGAUGCGGCGGCGCUCGCGGCAUCGGACCGGAACGCGAACGGCUGGUUCCAACUCGACGACCUGAUCGGCAACACCGAGGGUCGUCCCCUGACAAGGAGGGAAAAAGAAGGCCUGGAGCGCCGCUCUCUGGCGGCCAAGUCUUUGGCCUCCUCGAAUCCGCGGCCCCCCUGACCCGGAGACACGAAGAAGGCGCGCGGGCUACGGGUCUCUCUCGACCUUGGAGGGCGCGGGGGAAGCGUCCUCGGAGUUACGAAGCCCGGCGGCGCUCGCCUCGCUCCAGGCACCGCUGCUCGGAUCGAGGGCCGCGGCAGCCAGGGUCGCGGCGAGCGACGAUCGCCUGUUGAGCGCUGACCACGUAGAGGUCUAGAAGUGAUGGCGUGGGCGAUGAUGGCAUCGGCUGGAUGUCUUGGGAGGGGUGACCUGACCCCGAGGGAGCGUGAUUUAUUUAGGUCUUACGGUACGGAUGUAAAACAAGGCACGUGUCGAUGCAAAGAGCAAUGGUCGAUAUCCAGCACUGCUAAAUAAUACAUCGAGCUUCUCUGUAUCGCCAUCGGGGCGGACAACAGUUGCUAUGCCAAACCCUGGCGGCGCAUAGGGAUAUGGGGCAGACAUGGCUAAUCGGGGUGUGUUUUGUCUCAUUGGACCUGAAGAAGAUGUUAUCUGCUUACUCCCUCGAUGUGGACACGGUGGGGCUCGUGUAGCUACUGUUUGUUGUUACCUUUGGAUGUGACGGGUGCUGUAUUGUCGUUUCCUUUGGGCGUGAACGGGUGUUUUUGUAUUGAUUUCUUCGGACAUGACCAGGUGGAUGCGCCAGCGUCGCUGGAACGUGUGCAUAUCUCUACGGCAUCUAUAUGGACGAGGUGGAAGACGGCAUGCAAGGAAAGAACCGCAAAUGAAGACGACGGUCCACGGAGCAAUUGCCAAUCAAACACCAGAGUGGGGUAUAUGUUGUGAGCAUAGCAAGAAAUCUCCCUUCUUCCCCUCGCUCCUCGACAAGCUUUUGCUUAGACAUGGGUUGUAGUGAAGGGGGGGGUCUUUCUGGCGAGCAGGGCUAGACUCACCCUCAAGGGAUGACCGAAACCUUCUUGCUGCUGCGCAUAUCCGCCGCGAGGCAUGCGCGUGGUGGUGUAGUUGGGUCGGCACUGAUGGGGUCAGGCGAAAAAA